AUGGCAAAGUACUUUGACAUUGACGACAUACUUAUUGAGGAAGAGUAUGUCCCGGUAGUGUUCCAUAAAGCAGCAAACGGAGUGACUAUUGAUCCAAGUGCAGAAACAAACUGUGUUGAGCAAGGCUCUAAAGUGGAAGUUCCCUUCUGGCUUGCUCAAGAGUUGCAUUCGAGGCAAGCUGUCUCCAUAAACCUUCCUGCCUGUUUCAACCAAAAGACAAGGCUAGAAGUUCAGGCUGAUGCAGCAUGUGUUGAUCUUAGAUCUCGAUGCCCAUACUUUUAUGAAUUCGGUUGCAAGUUAGAGCCACUGGUUACAGAUAGAACACUUGGGAUCUUGCUAUCGACUGCCUUUAAGAUCAGAUACAAGGAGACACUUACUAAAGUAUACACUGCGGCUCAUAUAACAGCUUCCAAGUACUUGUCAUUUCUAACAAAAGAAGAAACAAACCUGUAUGAAGCAGCUCACUUGUCGAUGGCAGCUUUCAAGAAGUGGAGAACAGGUGGGCCUAGAUUCCAGAGAGCUUCAAUACUCGGAAGAAAACGCAAGGAUUCUUCUAACUGA